AUAAAACUGGACCCUUGGUUAUGUAGGCAUCAUUAUCAGUCCGACUUCGGAUAAAAACACAAUAUGUUCUCAAAAUUGGUAGCCCUGUGCGCGUUGGUGGCGGUAUCCCAGGCCGGUCUCCUGCCUGCGGCGCCCGUGCACUACUCUCCUGCUGAAGCUGUGUCUUCGCAGAGCAUCGUCCGCCACGAACAACCCCAGGCCUACUCCACCAAGCUCGUGGCUGCUCCCGUCGCCUACCACUCAGCCCCUGUUGCCUACCACUCCGCCCCCGCCCACUACUCGUCUGCUGAAUCCGUCAGCUCCCAAAGCAUUGUUCGCCACGAGCAGCCCGCUAAGCUGGUAGCCGCCCCCGUGUACCACGCUGCGCCCGCCCCUGUCGCCUACCACGCCGCCCCCGCCCCUGUCACCUACCACGCCGCUGCCGCCCCGGUGUACCACGCCGCUCCCGUCACCAAAGUUGUAGCUGAGGAAAGCCACUACCCUAAAUACGAGUACACUUACUCCAUCGCUGAUGGCCACACCGGCGACAACAAGUCCCACCAGGAGAUCCGCGAUGGUGACGCUGUGAAGGGAUCUUACUCCUUCCACGAGGCUGACGGCUCCAUCAGGACCGUGGAGUACACCGCCGACGACCACAACGGCUUCAACGCGGUCGUGCACAACACCGCCCCCACCGCCGCCCCUGUCGUGGUUAAGGCUGCCCCCGUCCAAUACUACCACCACUAAGUGUUCAUGUGCCAUCCCCAAAAAAAGGACUGAUUAAUUAUUUAUUGACUGUUUUAAUGAAUAAGCUCGAAUAAAUCUUUACUGAAAAAUA